CAAGAUGGCGGCAGCGAUUCCUGCCCGGCUGUCCGGGUGGCGGUGACGACGGGCGGCAGAAGGCCAGCUGGUCCCAAGAUUGCUGUUGGAGUGCUGGAUGGAGCCUGUCUCUGUCUUUUGUUACAUUUCCAAUUUUAUAUAAUGCUUCACAUCUCUGCUCCCCCGGGACCUCCUGGAGCCCCCAUGAUCCUGAAGAAGACAGUUUGAAUCUAGAACUCUCCUCUCUCUCUCAUCCAGACCUCAGCGCAGGAUGUUGCGGAGGUUGCUGGAGCGGCCCUGCACACUGGCCCUGCUUGUGGGCUCCCAGCUGGCAGUCAUGAUGUACCUGUCGUUGGGGGGCUUUCGAAGCCUCAGUGCCCUCUUUGGCCGAGAGCAGGAGCCGACAUUUGACUAUUCUCAUCCCCAUGAUGUCUACAGUAACCUCAGUCACCUGCCUGGGGCCCCUGUUGCCCCAGGGGGCCUUCCAGCUCCUCAAGGCCUGCUGUACUGUCCAGAACGAUCUCCUCUCUUAGUGGGUCCCGUGUCCGUGUCCUUCACCCCGGUGCCGUCGCUGGCAGAGAUCGUGGAGAGGAACCCCCGGGUGGGGCCGGGGGGCCGAUACCGCCCUGCAGGCUGUGAGCCCCGGUCCCGGACAGCCGUCAUUGUGCCCCACCGUGCCCGGGAGCACCACCUGCGCCUGCUGCUCUACCACCUGCAUCCAUUCCUGCAGCGCCAGCAGCUUGCUUAUGGCAUCUAUGUCAUCCACCAGGCUGGAAAUGGAACAUUUAAUAGGGCAAAGCUGCUGAAUGUUGGGGUGCGGGAGGCCCUGCGUGAUGAAGAAUGGGACUGCUUGUUCCUGCAUGAUGUGGAUCUCCUGCCAGAGAACGACCACAAUCUGUACGUGUGCGACCCCCGAGGACCUCGGCACGUUGCUGUUGCCAUGAACAGGUUUUGAUACAGCCUCCCAUAUCCCCAGUACUUUGGCGGGGUCUCGGCGCUCACUCCUGACCAGUGCCUGAAGAUGAAUGGCUUCCCCAAUGAAUACUGGGGCUGGGGUGGUGAGGAUGAUGACAUUGCUGCCAGGGUUCGCUUGGCUGGGAUGAAGAUCUCUCGUCCCCCCACAUCUGUGGGGCACUAUAAGAUGGUGAAGCACCGAGGAGAUAAGGGCAACGAGGAAAAUCCCCACAGAUUUGACCUCCUGGUCCGUACCCAGAAUUCCUGGACUCAAGAUGGCAUGAACUCACUGACAUACCAAUUGCUGUCUCGAGAGCUGGGCCCUCUCUAUACCAACAUCACAGCAGACAUUGGAACUGACCCUCGGGGUCCCCGGACUUCCUCUGGUCCCCAUUACCCACCUGGUUCCUCCCAAGCCUUCCGUCAGGAGAUGCUGCAGCACCGGCCCCCAGCCAGGCCUGGCCCUCUGCCUACUGCCAACCACACAGCUCCCCAUGGUUCACACUGACUCCUUCUUAAUCAUGAAACUGAAUCUUUCCCACUUUAAUCAUGAAACUGAAUCGGAGGGGUUACAUUUUCCCCACCCUCAGCUCCUCACUGCUCUUAGAGGGAUGUGGGGGAACUGAACUUCACUGCUGUGCUGGGGGCAGGGGCCUCGCCUCACUG